AUGUUGAAAUCAAUUGACAAAUCACUUGUUAAAGUUAUAUCUUUUGAUGUUACUGAUACAAUAAUCAGAUUAAAAAGUACACCAGGCUUAAUAUAUUCAAUUGUUGGAAGAGAUUUUGGAUUAUCAUUGAAUGCCAACAAAAUAGAUUCAACAUUUAGAGAGCACAUGAAAAUUCUUCAAAAUGACUUACCUUGUUAUGGUCAUGGGAAAUGUAGUCCAAAAAAUUGGUGGGGUGAUCUUAUUCAUAAAUGUUGUGAUUUACAAAAAAAUGAAAAUUCAAUGGCAUUUGUAGAUAGGUUGUUUGAUGAAUUGUCUACCUCUAAGCAUUAUAAAUUGAUAAAUAAUCAGACUCCAAAAAUACUUCAAUACUUAAAAAGUAAUGGUUAUAAAUUAGCUGUUGUUUCUAAUUCUGAUUCAAGACUUCGAAACAUUUUAUAUCAAUUAUUAGAUGAAAAUUAUUUUGAUGAGUAUUUAAUUAGUAGUGAAAUAGGAAUUAGUAAGCCUAAUAAACUUGUUUUUCUUACCUUAUGUCAAAGAUUAUCCUGUUCUCCACAAGAUAUCCUUCAUAUUGGUGAUAAUCUAACUAAAGACUAUCAAAGUAUUAUUAAUGUUGGCGGUCAAGGUUUAUUAUUAAAUGAUAGCGGUGAUCAAAUUUCAAUAAACUCACUAGACAAUCUUUAUUUUAUUAAUAAAAAAGAAUAA